UUGUGGGCAAGAUGGCAGCGUUGUGAGAGCGGCACGCUUGUUUGUUUGUGUGUGGCGAAUUUGUCGUUUCACUGGGUUGUCACACUGUAAACACCAGUAAACAUGUCCAGGCUUAUCAUCAAGAACCUCCCGAAUGGGAUGAAGGAGGAGCACUUCCGCACCAUGUUUGCUGCCUUUGGAACUCUGACGGACUGCGGCCUGAAGUUCACCAAGGAGGGGAAGUUCCGGAAGUUCGGCUUUGUGGGGUUCAAAUCGGAGGAGGAUGCAGAAAGGGCACUGAAACACUUCCACAAGAGCUUCGUGGACACCUCGAGAAUCACGGUGGAACAGUGCAAGUCUUUCGGAGACCCGACCAAGGCCAGAGCCUGGAGCAAACACUCCCGCGGCAGUGCAGCCCGGAACAGCGAGCAGCUCGAGGAGAAGAAGGCAGAGCAGAAGGAGCAGAAGGAGCAGAAGGGGCAGAAGGGGAUGCCUCCGACCCUUGGAAAGCUCGAGGGAGAUGAAGGUUUCCAGGAGUUUCUGGCUGUCCAUCAGAACCGAGCUCAGGCCCCCACCUGGGCCAACGACACAGCGGCUGACCCCGCAGCUGCAAAACCGCACCGCAAGGACAGGAAGAAGAAGGCGGCCUCCGAUGACUAUCUCAACUUUGACUCCGAGUCCGAGUCUGAGGAGCCAGAGCAGGAUGAGGAGGAGGAAGAAGAAGACAAAGACCAGGGCGAGAAAACAGAGCACCUAAGCCCUGGGAAGGAGGCACUGAAGACGGGCCUGUCCGACAUGGACUAUCUCCGCUCUAAGGUAGUGAGGCAGCAGGGGGAGAGUGAGGAGGAGGAGGACGAUGACGAAGAGCUUGUGACGGAGAAGGAACCUGUGCCAGCUCAGCCCUUGGACAGCGCGUACGAGAGUGGAGACAAAGACACGGCGCACAAGAGCAAAGCGAAACUUGCCAAGGCACCCAGAACACAGGAGCAGACUGAGCCGACUACAGAGUUCACUGUGAAGCUGCGAGGAGCUCCAUUCAACGUCACAGAGCAACAAGUGCGCGAGUUCCUGGUGCCUCUGAAACCUGUGGCCAUUCGCAUUGUCAGGAACGCACAUGGCAACAAGACAGGCUACGUGUUUGUGGAUUUCCAGUCUGAGGAGGAAGUGGAGAAGGCUCUGCGCAGGAAUAAGGACUAUAUGGGCGGGCGCUACAUCGAGGUGUUCCGUGUCGACCACGCCCUACAGGGGCGCGCCGAGGGACGGGGCAGGGAGGAGCGCUCCUGGCACCGCGAGCUGAAGGAGGAUGAGGAGGAGGAGGAAGUCUCAGAGUCGGGCAGGCUGUUUGUCAGGAAUCUGUCCUACACCUGCUCGGAACAGGAUCUGUCUGAGCUGUUCAGCAAGUAUGGGCCGCUGGCUGAGACUCACUUCCCCAUCGACAGCCUGACCAAGAAGCCCAAGGGCUUCGCCUUCGUCACGUACAUGAUCCCAGAGCAUGCUGUCAAAGCCCUGGCCGAGCUCGAUGGCCACGUCUUCCAGGGCCGCAUGCUGCACAUCCUUCCGUCCACAAUGAAGAAACAGAAGACUGACCAGGACAGUGAUGCACAAGGAUCCUCAUACAAGAAGCAGAAGGAUGCUAAGGACAAAGCAAGCAGUGGCAGCUCCCACAACUGGAAUACCUUGUUUCUGGGAACCAGUGCCGUAGCCGAUGCCAUCGCUGAGAAGUACAACACCACAAAAAGCCGAGUUCUUGACGAUGAGUCUCGGGGCAGUGUGGCAGUGCGGAUGGCCUUGGGGGAGACUCAGAUCGUCCAGGAGACUCGGCAGUUCCUGCUGGAUAAUGGAGUCAGUCUGGACUCCUUCAGCCAGGCUGCAGGGCCGCGAAACACCACCGUGCUGCUGGUGAAGAACCUGCCCGCGGGGGUGCAGGUGGCGGAGCUGGAGGCUGUCUUCUCUCCCCUCGGCUCUCUGGGCCGGGUCCUGCUGCCCCCCUCGGGCCUCACCGCCAUCGUGGAGUUCCUGGAGCCCGCCGAGGCCAAGCGGGCCUUCAGCAGGCUGGCGUACACUAAGUUCCAGCACGUGCCCCUCUAUCUGGAGUGGGCUCCGAUGGGUGUCUUCACACAGCCUGCGCCUGCAAAGCAAGAGCAGCCACCGACAGACAGUGAGCAAGUACCAGAGUCGGAGUCGAAAACAGCUGCUGAGGCUCAGAGUAGUGAGGAAGAGGAGGAGUCCAUUCCCGGCUGCACCCUCUUCAUCAAGAACCUCAGCUUUAGCACCACAGAGGAGACGCUGAAAAGUGUUUUCUCCAAGUGUGGAGCAGUGAAGAGCUGCACGAUCUCCAAGAAGAAGGACAGAGCAGGUGCCCUGCUGUCUAUGGGCUACGGGUUUGUGGAGUUCAAGUCCCCCACGUCGGCACAGAAGGCCCUGAGACAGUUGCAGCACUGCACUGUAGAUGACCAUCAACUAGAGGUGAAGAUCUCAGAGCGAGCAACCAAGCCCGUCGUGGUGAGUUCUCGGAAGAAGCAGAUGGCAAAGAAACAGACCACCUCCAAGAUCUUGGUCCGCAACAUUCCCUUCCAGGCCACCGGCAAGGAGCUGCGUGAGCUUUUCAGCACGUUUGGGGAGCUGAAGACCUUGCGUCUGCCCAAAAAAGUGAGCGGGACAGGUGCGCACAGAGGGUUCGGCUUCGUCGACUUCCUCACCAAGCAGGACGCCAAGAAAGCCUUCAGCGCCCUGUGUCACAGCACCCACCUGUACGGGCGCCGGCUGGUGCUGGAGUGGGCGGACUCCGAGGAGACCCUGGAGACCCUGCGCAGGAAGACGGCCGAGCACUUCCACGAUGCCCCCAAAAGGAAGAAGCAGUCAGAAGUGAUGGAAGAUAUCAUGGAGCAGAUAGAAGCUGGAGAGGAGGAGGACUAGAGGGGUCUAGUCAUAGGUCCCCUUGGGCUGUGCCAGCGAGGUAGCCCCCUUCGGACAGAGCGGCUGGCGAGCUGCCCUGCAGCCUGCAACACGGCCCCUGCCACAGACCACAGGCCUGCAGGCUGCGGGCACUACAGGGCAGGUUCAACACUGCCAUGCUAGGAGCCAGGAGCUUGCAGAUUCAGGACCCACAGCAACAGAGCAAGAACCACCCCAGUCUGGCAUGUGUGGCUCUUCCGCAAACCGGCUCGCUCCUCCCUUCUAGGGUUCUACUCCAGAAAGUUGCAUUUGUAAAUUCAGCUUUUUUUUUUCUAGUAAUAAAAUAAAACUAAUUAUAUAGCUGCAAAAACUGUUUUUUGCCUUUUUUAAACAGAUUUACAGAUUGAAUGAGCCCUAAAGGUACUGUAUUUUUUAUUGUAAAUUAUUGUAAGAUGGCAUUGCAGAACGGUAGAAGAAUAGAUUGAUUUCUAUAUUACAAACCGGUAUGCUGUUCUGUCUUCUCCUCUUUGUAUUCACAUUACUGUAAAGUUAUUAUAAGUUUAGAGACUAUACUGUAGAUAUAGAUGCUGAGUAUAUAUUGUCAUUUUGAGUACAUACUGCUGUAAAGAUACCAGCUACAGGAAAUGUAUCGAAUACAUGCAGGGUAUAUAUAGUAAUUGAUCUUCUGAGUGUUUAGAGGCAGUAUUGUGUGUACUGUACUAUAUGGCACCAGGUGUCUGAUUUUAGCAAUGUAGCAGCUUUGCAAAAGUUACGUUGUGAAUCUGACUAUGACUUCAGUCAUGCACAGUUUAGCUAACAGUUAGUUGUUUCUCUAACUUAAUACCAGGAGACACCUGGAAAGUGCAGAAACUGCCUUAGUAGUAGUAAAAAAAAA